AAGCCUGCGUUAACAGUUAGCCAGCUAGCUACCGUAGAACUUUUUGUUAAAACAAGAAAACGUUACUGAUUAAAGAAAAACACUCGUUACUCUCACAGUGUUCGGUGUAAAUGUAGUAAAAACGAACAGAAGAAGAAGCUGAAAGCCUUGACACUGCAGCCAACUUUCAGACUCUGGACGAGAAGAACCGACACGGCCCGAAAGAGCGGCGCUUGUUGCUGAAUCACAGGAUGGUUGGUCAGUGGAUGUUCCCGCUCGCCCGGGACAGGCGGUCACAGAGGAAGCGCUGAUAGUUGAAACGGUGGAGGAAUUGACCGUGUGGGACAGUAGAUGUCACUGUCCUCAGACCAGCAGUCAGCUGAGUCUCCUCUGAUCUGCCUGACAGACGCUCAGAAGGACGACGACAUGGACGCCCUGUUGGUGUCAAGCAAAGCUGCAGCCCAGAACGGGUUCCAUGGCAACCAGAGAGUCCACAUUGUCCUGGGCAGCACAUCAUGUGACCUAGACUCUGUGGCGUCAUCGCUGGCAAUGGCCUACUUCCUGUCCAGGAUGUCCUCCAGUCUUCCAGGCUGUUCUCUGGUUCUUCCGGUUCUCAACAUCCCCCGGUCGCAGUUCCACCUGCGAGCCGAUGUCCUCCUGUUGCUGAGGGAGGCCGGCAUCACCACGGAGACGCUGGUGUUCAGAGACGAGAUAGACCUGGCUCGCCUCCAUGGCAACAGGAGGCUGGCACUGACUCUGGUGGACCACAAUGUUCUGCCGAGUACUGACAGCAUCCUGGAGGGGGCGGUGGUAGAAGUCAUUGACCAUCACCACCUGGAGAGGACCACCUCUUUCACCUGUCCUGUUACUGUGGAGAUGGUGGCGUCCUGCACCACCCUGGUGAUGGAGCGGAUUCUGUCGAGAGCGCCGGAGAUCCUGGACCAACAGCUGGCUUUACUGCUGUACGGUGUGAUGGUGGUGGACUGUGUGAAUCUGUCUCCUGUGGCCGGUAAAGUGACAGACAAAGACAGUCAGAUGGUUCGCCUGCUGCAGAUGCAGUUCCCUGACCUGCCACAGAGGGACGCUCUUCACACCGCUCUGCAAACAGCAAAGUUUGACCUGUCAGGUUUCACCACAGAGCAGAUCCUCUUGAACAACAUGAAGACUGUUGCUGGGAGCAGCCUGAGAGUAGCAGUUAGCAUCAUCUACAUGACUCUGGAUUUGUUUCUUCAGAGGAAGGACCUGCAGCAGGAGCUCUGCAGCUUCUGCCAAUCACACUGUUUGGACGCCAUUGUUGCCAUGAUGAUAUCCUUCAACAGCCAAUCAGACGAGUCCGUCAGACAGCUGGCCGUCUACAGCUCCAACCCUCUGUAUGGGCAGGAGAUUAGCCACACCCUCUUGAAAAGUCUUAGCCCCGCCCUCUGCCUUUUGCCUGUCAGCAGCCCAUAUAAGGACAUCCUGACUUAUCAGCAGGGCAACUCUCUGGCCUCUCGCAGAAAAGUCCUUCCUGUCCUCACACACUUCCUGUCUGAGUGGUGGCAGAGAGAAGUGCAUUGUGGGGCUGAUGGUGAAGAGCUGGAGGACCAACUCGACCAAUCAGACGUGAUGAUCUCUGACACAUUUCUUGUCAACAAAGAAUCAACCUCUGACAGCGACUGGUUGCCCCACAUUUACACCGCCUGCAGCCACCACUGGCGGCGGCUGCAACUGGGAGCAGAGGAUUAUGGGAAUGUGGAGGAGGACUAUGGUGGCAGGAAGAUGCCACCGCCGCCACCGAUGAACAGUUUGGUUGAUGGCUGCCCGCUGGAUGGCGGCUUCAACCAAGAGGCUUUACUGGAGAAGUUCAACAGGAUGGGAGGGGGGGAGGAGGAGCACGUGGGGAGGGGAAACUAGAGAGGAGGAGGAGGAGGAGGAGGAAGAGGAG